AAUCAGCAGGUAGCUCCCACCCCGGGGUUGCCAACCCUAAAAACAAGGGGGGUGGCUCAAAUUACGCUCUCUUCAAUCACCCCCACGUGCCUCCCCCCAAAAAAUCGCAAAGACGAAUUUCCAGACGCUCCACAGAGACUGAGGUCUGUUGCUGAUUUCUGACAGACGCCGAAUGCGGAAGCGGAGGCCGCUCGAGUGAGAAAGGCGCGAGGCGCCGAGAAAACUUAGGCCUCGCUCGAUCGCUCUUCCCCGCCCUCCCUCAAGAGCUAGGAUAACAUGAACCUCAGACAUAAUGCAUGGAAUUAGAUUGGUGACUGAUCUUGCCGCAACCUAGUCUUGUCCAAAAGCAGAAGCUGAUUGUGAAACUAAGAUUGAGUUUGGAAAAAAACUUGAUGAAAAAGAGGAAAUUGAAUGACACAUGCAAAGGACAUGAUGACUGCUGAGUAAGCAGCAAGAUGAAGGUAAUAAAACAUUCUGAGGAGGUCCUGAAGGUAGCCCUGAUCUCCAAGGACACACAGCUUGUGAGGCUUUAUGACAAAUUUGAGUCUAAGGAGAAGCAUUUAUUCAAUGAAGCAUUUCAACCAGACAGCAUUUUGUUCAAGCCCAUCACGCUUCAUUCUGAUUCGGAUUGGAUCUCCUCGCACCCAGAGCCCACCCAAGAUUUUGCACAGUUUUAUCAUGACCCUUGCAGAAGUAUACCAUCUCCCCAGAAGAGUCACAUUUAUAUCAAACCCAUUGGUUCUUUUGGAGAUUCUAGAGUCAGUACAGAUGUCUACAUGAGAUGGCUGAAGGAUUACUGUGAAGCCUUUUACAGUGGCCUGACUGUAAGAAUCUUGGGGCCAGAACCAGUUUCGCAAACAAAUUGUGCUUUUCGAGUCAAUGAAUACACACACAAUCUACAGAUCCAUGCAGGGCACCUCUUGAAAUACUUAAAGAAAAAAAAGCCUAAGGACGCUUUUUGCAUUGUAGGAAUAACAAUGAUAGAUCUUUAUCCAAGAGACUCUUGGAAUUUUGUCUUCGGACAAGCCUCUUUAUCUGAAGGAAUAGGGAUCUUCAGCUUUGCAAGGUAUGACAGUGACUUUUACAGUGUAAACUACAAAGGCAAGUUGAAGGCCACAAAGAAACUUUCUCCUACCAACUAUUCUGUUUUUGAUGAUUAUUAUACUCCUGAAGUAACAAGUAUUCUGCUUCUGAGAUCCUGCAAAACUCUGACACAUGAGAUUGGGCACAUUUUUGGGCUCCAUCACUGCCAGUGGUUGCAGUGUGUCAUGCAGGGGUCCAAUCACCUGGAAGAAUCGGAUCGACGUCCAUUGGAUCUUUGUCCCAUUUGUUUGCGCAAGUUGCAGUCUGCCCUUGGCUUCAAUAUUACAGAAAGAUACAAGGCACUGAAAAGAUGGAUGGAGGAAGAAUCUAAUGGAACAGAAGCUGAACUCAGCAGUGAAGCCCAGCUGGGCUUCCAGAAACCUGUGGAAGCAUUUAAAGAAAGCUAUGACUGGAUUGUGAAAUGCCUAGAGGUUUUGCAAAAGUAAAAUCCAUAGGUAUAUGAAAUAGUACCAAAGGGGAUUAUCAUAUUUGCAUGGUUGACACUACUGCUAAAGCAUCAUGAUGACACAUUUAUUAUCUAUUUUAUAAGUUAAAAUCUAAAUACCUUGCAAAAUUUGUAGUGACCUGUUGAUUUUCUGAAUAGAAUGUCAUGUAUCCCAAAUUUUGGAGCAUCAACCAUUGUUCCAAUCAUUGGAUGCAGCCUCAUACAGUAUGAUUGGUUGUUCCUAUUUCAAAAUAUAUAAGCUACAUAGACUGAAUGGUAGAGAGCCACACAUGCUUAUAUUUGAGAUUUUGAUUUUGCAGCCUUACCAUUAUUUAUCAGAAGCACAGUUGUGUAUCAUUUUCUAAGCCUUCUAAAAUAAGCUGCAGCAACUGAAAAUACAAAUGUAUUCUAUUGGUGAAUUAUUAAUAUAUACACAUACUAAGAAAACAAAUUCUGUACUAUUUUUAUAGAUUAUUCAACCGUUACUUGGUGUAUGAGAUACUUGGGACAUAAUAUUGCUAGUCAUAGAAAAGGGAAGGCAUCCUGCCACAACUUUGGGGAUGGGGCGGUCUAUAAAUCGAAUAAAUAAAUAAAUAAAUAAUAAACCAUGUCUAUUUAUAUUAAAAAUUAUAUCCUAUACCCAAAGUACAAUGAACAAUUUUCUUGAAAUCAACAAUACAAUUCAUAGCUUAGUUUAAAUAAAAUGUACAAUAAAAAACCACAGCAUAAAAUCAGUGACUGUAAGACCAUAAUUAAAUAUUUCAGUAGUCAUGUUUAUGCAAUCUAAGGGCAAAACCAAAAAUAAGAAUAUUGUCAUGGCAAAAGCUCAACAAGCUUCAGGCAGCGAUACGAAUAUGGUGAGGGAGUUCUUCAGUAAGGCACAGAGAGGGCGCUGUUUCUGGUUGCCAUUAGCUUAACCUCUGAAAGUGGCAGAGACAUCUGAAAAGGAACUCCACUAACAGACAUGGGAAGGGGUGCCCUUAUUCCAAGCAGUUCAGGGGUUUGACUGGGAGCUGGGAUAGUUUUUUCCAGCACUAGCAAGAUCUGUUCCAUAUAAUUUUUUACAACAGCAGUAUCACAAGUGUUCAGAACCACUUGUGGGGUUUGAACAGUCUUCAGAGAUAUCUCCACACUAAGUACUUUACAGCAGUCUAACCUGAAUGGGAUUUGAGUGUGGAUAACUGUGGUCAGGGUUUUGCUUGUUAGAAUAUUUCUGUGAUGUCUUUUUCUAUAAAGAAUAACCAAUAGGGUUGGGUCAUCCAGAGAGGAGUGAGAUCACUAGAGUACAGUGAUCCCAGUUAACCAUCCCAAACUACUAAUCCAGAAGAAUACCAUGAUUGGCGGUAUCAAAAAUUUCUUAGAGGUCUGUCAGAAAUGGCCUUGGCCAGCUAAUCCUGACAGACUCUGUUUACGAUUGGACUGUAAACUCUUUAACGGCUAAUUAUAUAAAAUCCAUUAAAUAGAAAUAUAUUUUCAUUCUACCUUACCUUUUAUUUUGAAAGAUCAAAAGAAACAUAAGGUAACUACUGUAACACCCAAAAAAAGCUACUGCUCUGUGUUACAGAAUGAAAAAGAAAAUACUGAAUGUGGCCUUUCCUUAUGUAAUAUAUCACACCCAAAUAUCUGAAUAAAAUCUGCAAGUAUGGCCUUAAUUUUCAGCCCCACCAAUUAAAAUUGGUUCUUGUUGACUAAUCAGCUAAAGUUUUUUGAGUACAGAACAUUGCCAAUCCAUGACCACAAAUUUCAACUCAAAACAAAUCUCAACACCAAGAAUUCCAGUUCUGAAAAUGAUUACAUAUGAGGUCCAAGUUGUAUUUGCAGAUUGGAAUUACUUUUACUCUGUCUUUUCCAAAAGAACUUGGAAUUGCUGUAAAUUUACGAAAUCUCCAUUUUUUUUAAAAAAGGCAAAAAUUAUUAAUAGGUGUGAGGCAUUUAAUUUCCUGUUGUGUGCGAGAGUUUUUAAUUGAAAUUGGGGGCCAGUUAUAUUUCCAUUUCUGUGAACGAUGUAAUUAACAUUUUCCUACUGUGCAUCAUUUUCAGGGUUAAUUUUUGUUGCUUACAGAACUGUAGGUGCCCUACAUCGGAACUUUGCAUCCUGUUCAUUAUCAUGUUUCUGUUAUAAAAGUUUAAAUCAGUCUGUUAUUAGAAUGAGAGAAUGAUAUGUCUGCACAGCUUUA